ACCAUGAUCGGUUACGGAAAAGGGAUGGAAGGAAAGGGGAUGCUAAAACUACGAAUCAAUGUGAAAAUGGACGAGUGGGAUUAUCUGACACGGUUGCAUAUACCAUAUCUCUCCGGCACGGUUCCUCUUACUGUAGCGUCGCAGUGGGUAAAGGAGACAGCAUUUCGGAAAUGA